UGUUGCUGUUCUAGCUUUCCGUUUUAUUCAGUCAGUCACUCUCACUCCUUUAUUCUAGCCGUUUCUCAUGGGCAACGUUCACACAGUCGGACCGAACGAGGCGCUCGUCAUUUCGGGUGGCUGCAGUUCUGGCGCUCGCAAGGUCAUUAUUGGCGGCUACGGCUUUGCCUGGUGGCUCGUCUCUGACAUUAAGCGACUCACUCUCGAGGUCCUCACCCUCGAACCCGUCUGCAACGACGUCGAGACAAAGCAGGGCGUCGCAGUGUCGGUCUCGGCCGUCGCACAGGUCAAGUUCCUCACCGAGCGCGCACUCCUCGAGAAGGCAAUGGAGCAGUUUCUCGGCAAGUCCACGCGCGAAAUCCAGGACGUCAUUGUGCAGACCCUCGAGGGCCAUCUGCGCGCCAUCCUCGGCACGCUCACCGUCGAGGAAAUCUACAAGGAUCGCGAAAAGUUUGCAGAGCUCGUGCGCGAGGUCGCCUCCCCCGACGUCGGCAAGAUGGGCGUCGAAAUCCUCUCAUUCACCAUCAAGGACAUUGCCGACAAGGUCGGAUACCUCGACUCGCUCGGCAAGAAGCGCACCGCAGAGGUCAAACGCGACGCAGACAUUGGUGUUGCCCACGCCAAGCGCGACGCUGGCAUCAAGGAAGCAGAGGCACAGCGCCGCCACAUGGACGUCAAGUACGCCGCCGACACUGAAAUUGCCGACGCCAAGCGCGGCUACGAGCUCCAAAAAGCCCAGUUCGACCAGGAGAUUAACACCAAGAAGGCCACGGCCGAGCUCGCCUACUCGCUCCAGGCCGCCAAGGUCCAGCAGUCCAUCAAGCAGGAGAACAUCCAGAUUGAAGUUAUUGAGCGCCGCAAGCAGAUUGAGGUCGAGGAGCAGGAAAUCAUCCGUCGCCAGUACGAGCUCGAGGCCCAAGUCCGCAAGCCCGCCGACGCCGACAAGUUUAAGAUUGAGACCUUGGCGCAGGCCCAACGGACCCGCACCAUCGUCUCCGCCCAGGCCGAGGCCGAGGCCAUCAAGCUGAUUGGUGCCGCCGAAGCCGCCGCCAUCCAGGCCAAGGGUAUUGCCGAGGCCGACGAAAUGCGCAUGAAGGCGGCCGCCUUCAAGCAGUACGGCAACGCCGCCAUCAUGAACAUGGUGCUCGAGGCGCUGCCCAAGAUUGCUGCCGAGAUUGCCGCCCCGCUCGCCAAGACCGACAACAUUGUCCUCCUCUCUGGCGACAGCAACGCCACCUCUGCCGACCGUGCCACCUCCGAGAUUGCACGAUUGGUCGGCCAACUGCCCCCAGCCGUCCAAGCCAUCACUGGCGUCGACCUCACCAAGACCCUUGCGCGCCUCGCCUCGGGCUCUGCCACGGCCCCUGCUGCCACCGCCACUCGUUAACUUUGUUUGGUUAUUGGAUGUCUUUGACCAUGAGUGUGUGUGAGUGUAACAAAACCUAAAAAUUCAGGCAAAAACAAAACAAACAAAAAAAAACAAAAAAAAAAAAAACCAACUGCGCAUGUGUU